AUGUCCACGCCUGACUUAUUCUCAUUCCUUGAUGGGGCGCCUCCUGGGGAUGAAGAUAAAGACGAAAAUGAUCCCGAGCCGCGUCACAUCGACAAGAACAUAAAGCGUCGUGCAAGCAUGGAUCCUCCGGGUGAUCACGCUUCUGGCAGUUUUACUUCCAAGAAACCCCGUGUAUCAUCACCUGUACCAGUUGUCGUAGAUGAGUUUGAGACCGAGGCCAAACGUGAAAUGGCCGCAAGUGGAGGGCUCACGGGGUCAGUUGAAGCUGGUUCGCGGCUGGAACUGAGACAUCAGGUCCGCCACCAAGUUGCCAUACCACCAGGUUAUCACUAUGUGCCGAUUGCCCAACAUACCCCUCCCCAAAAACCGGCAAGGGAAUACAAGUUCACUCUUGAUCCAUUUCAGCAAGUCUCGGUUUUCGCCAUCCAGCGUAACGAAAGUGUUUUGGUUUCGGCGCAUACGAGUGCUGGAAAAACGGUUGUCGCAGAAUACGCUAUCGCGCAAUGCCUACAGAACAAACAACGUGUUAUUUACACUAGUCCGAUCAAGGCUUUGAGUAAUCAAAAGUACCGUGAGAUGCUAGCAGAAUUCGGGGACGUUGGUCUUAUGACCGGAGAUGUAACUAUAAAUCCUUCUGCGACAUGCCUUGUAAUGACUACAGAGAUCUUACGGUCGAUGCUCUAUCGAGGGUCCGAGAUAAUGCGUGAAGUUGCGUGGGUAAUCUUUGACGAAAUUCACUACAUGCGAGACAAAGAGCGUGGGGUCGUCUGGGAGGAAACUAUCAUCUUGCUACCCCAUACGGUUCGCUACGUUUUUCUUUCCGCCACUAUACCGAACGCCAUGCAAUUCGCUGAGUGGAUCUGUAAAUCCCACGAUCAACCGUGUCAUGUUGUCUAUACCGACUUCCGUCCAACACCGUUGCAACACUAUCUAUUUCCUGCAGGAGGCGAAGGUAUCUAUCUUGUCGUCAAUGAAAAAGGAGAAUUUCGUGAAGACAACUUCAGCAAAGCGAUGGGUACACUUCAAGACAAAACCGGGGAGGACCCCGCCGACCCGCGCAGCGGAAAAGGUCGUAAAGGCAAGACGAAAAAAGGAGGCGAAAAGAAAGGACAAUCCGAUAUUUCCAAAAUCAUCAAAAUGAUCAUGCUCAAGAACUACAAUCCUGUCAUUGUUUUCGCUUUCAGCAAGCGAGAGUGCGAGGCUCUUGCGCUUACUAUGUCUAAAUUCGAAUUCAAUUCCACAGAUGAACAGGAACUUGUUUCGAAUAUUUUCCAGAACGCCAUCGAAAAUCUCUCGACAGAGGAUCGUAAUCUCUCCCAAAUAUCCAAUAUCCUUCCGUUGCUCAAGCGAGGUAUUGGGAUACAUCAUGGCGGCUUGCUACCUAUUCUCAAGGAAGUCAUUGAGAUCCUCUUCCAAGAAGGCCUUAUAAAGGUUCUAUUUGCCACGGAGACAUUUUCCAUUGGACUCAAUAUGCCUGCGAAAACAGUAGUCUUUACCGCCGCCCGUAAAUUCGAUGGAAGAGAAUUUCGAAACCUUUCUUCAGGAGAGUACAUUCAGAUGUCUGGCCGUGCAGGUAGACGUGGUCUUGACGACCGAGGCGUUGUCAUUAUGAUGUGCGACGAAAAGCUAGAGCCAUCAGCCGCUAAAGACAUGAUCAAGGGAGAGGCUGACCGGCUAGAUUCUGCUUUCCACCUCGGUUAUAACAUGAUCUUGAACUUGCUCAAGGUCGAAGGCAUUAGCCCUGAGUACAUGCUCGAGCGAUGCUUUUUCCAGUUCCAGAGCAGCGCUGGGAUUCCUGUCCUGGAAGAUGAGCUGCAGAAGGAGGAAAAACGGCGAGACGCUAUCACUAUUCCCGACGAAAACAUCGUUGCUACUUAUUACGAUUACCGUCAACAACUGGAUCGCAUGGCAGCGGAUUUCCGCGAAGUAAUUACCCAUCCCAACUAUUCGCUUCCGUUCCUGCAGCCCGGUCGCCUGAUCAAGGUGAAGUAUAAAGACCUUGACUUUGGGUGGGGCGUGGUCGUAAAUUACCAGAAGCGUUUGCCACCAAAGACGUGGCAAGAACAUCAACUAGCGGAUGUCCCUCCCCACGAGCAAUAUGUCCUCGACGUGCUAUUGAACUGCAACGAUGGUGCUACCCUACCGAAAGACAAAACAAUAUCCACACCCACACCAGGCGGGAUACUCCCUUGUUUCCCUGGCAAUAAAGGCUCGCCGCUCGUAGUGCCCAUUUUCCUUUCAACCGUGGACGCGAUCAGCCACAUCCGUGUCUUCCUACCGAAAGAUCUUCGACAAGAUCAAGCGCGGGAUACUGUCUGGAAGAGCGUUCUUGAAGUGCAACGCAGAUUUCCGGAUGGCAUUGCCCUUCUUGAUCCUGUGCAAAAUAUGGAUAUCAAAGACGAAAAGUUCACAGCCCUAGUCAAUAAAAUUGACAUCAUGGAGCAAAGAAUGUUCUCAAAUCCAUUGCACAAUGAUCCUCGCCUUCCAGAACUAUACACGCUGUACGCCCAAAAGCAGGAAGCGCAAACGAAGAUACGGGAUCUGAAGAAGCGUAUUAUGGCAACCCAUGAUGUGUUGCAACUCGAGGAGUUGAAAUACCGGAAACGUGUACUCCGUCGACUUGAGUGCACGAACUCAUCCGAUAUCGCGGAACUAAAGGGUCGCGUAGCUUGCGAAAUCAGCACUGGGGAUGAACUUCUUCUUACUGAACUUAUCUUCAAUGGCGUUUUCAACUCCCUACUCCCUGAGCAAUGUGCCAGUCUACUUAGCUGCUUUGUUUUCACAGAAAAGAGUGAACAUGUGACCAAGCUCACGGAAGAGUUAGCAGCGCCAUUGCGUGUCAUGCAAGAAAUCGCGCGCCGAAUAGCAAAGGUGUCGCAGGAAUCAAAAUUACCAUUGGUCGAGGAAGAAUAUGUUUCGUCUUUUAAAGUCGAAUUAAUGGACGCCGUUUUCCAGUGGUGUAGAGGAGCUUCAUUUUCCGACAUUUGCAAAUUGACCGAUCAAUUUGAGGGAAACCUGAUACGCGUCUUCAGGCGCCUUGGUGAAUUACUUCGUCAGAUGGCUCAGGCCGCCAAAGUCAUUGGCAACUUGGAACUCCAAGAAAAAUUCCAGAAGGCAUCCGAGAUGCUAGAACGCCCUAAUUCCGUUAUUUUUUGUUCUUCUCUGUACCUGUAG